GUUUUUUCUUCUUUCAUUUUUUUAAUCUUUUCUAGUAACAUUCUUCUCUUAAAUAUGGAGCACACUAGUCAUAAUGACAUGACCAGAUUGGUAGUAGUACAUAUAGUUAUUGUAGCUGCCAAGUGUAACAUUAGUAUUGAAGAAGAUUUCUCUGGGAACUGAUUCCACGCACAAGUGUUUUUGUUCUCCUCAUCCAACUAACCUAAUAAUUGACUUGCUAGUUGCCUCAAUUAUCUGCUUCUCCAUGUGUGGGCUGGAAGUGCCAAUAUAUUUGUAGGCAAUGAGGCCAACUUAAUUUCCACAUCUUUGCUUGCAUACAAAUUUAAACAAUACCACCUCUGAAUUAUACAUUUCCUUUCUGUAUAUUAAAAUGUCAGCAACUACAGCAAAGGAUCCAACCAAGGGACUGUGGCUUGUGCAUCUGGGUUCAGCCUUAAGGACUACAGUUGCCUGCACCAUUGUGGGAGGGACCACCCUUUAUGGCCCUGCACCACUCAAGCACUUGCUAUCUUACCCGGCUUUUUCUUACAUGACAACGAUCCUGAUAGUAUCUGAUGCUACACUUGGUGAAACUCUUAGAGGCACUCUCUAUGCUCUCUACGCUACCAUUCAAGUAAUGAUCCUUUCUAUUCUGCCCUUGUGGGCCAUUGGACCAGCCAGGUUCAACAGUGGCGUCGGGGCAGUGGCAGUGGCGGUAACUGCCUUUGUUGUGGCAUUGCCGGAGUCGACACCCUUGAUGACCAAAAGAAUUGCAUUUGGGCAGAUCGUGAUCGUGUAUGUAGGAGCUGUUAUUCAUGGUGCAGAAACUGGAAUAGUGAUGCACCCACUUCAUGUGGCUUCAUGUACAGCCUUGGGGGCUUUUGCUUCUGUUUUGGCUAUGCUGGUUCCAUUUCCUCACCUAGCAUAUAAUGAGGUGAGGAAAGCAUGCAGAUUAUAUGUUGAGAAUGCUUCAGAGAGAUUGAAUCUCUUUAUGGAUGCUUUCACUGCACAAGACAACCGGGCCGCAACUGACUCGAUUUCUCAAGCAAAGUUCUUAACUAAAAUAGGAAUGAGACAUAUUCAGAGGAUUAAAGAGGUUCAAGGAGGUAUGACCUGGGAGAAGCCACAGAUAUUAUUCUUGAAGCAUAACUGCAUGGAAUUAGGACAGGUAUUGCAAGACCUGGAAAUUAUGAUACGGGGAAUGAAAAUUGCUGUGACUUCAUGCCCUGCCUUUCCUGUUAGCAUGAUUAAUGAGGAGCUCAGACAAGUAUUAAUAAGCAUGAAAGGCAAAAUACGCCUAAAGCUAGAGCAAGCAAAGUGUUUUGUGCCUUUUGAUGCUACAACAGCUCCAGAGACAAUAGAAGAAGAAGUUUCAGACAAACUCUUGUGGACUCUCGAAACUAGUGCCACAACCCAAGAGGAACUUCCAGCUUUCUUCUUCUUCUACUGUCUGGAACUUAUCCGAGGGGAAUCACCUGUCAGUCCAUGUCUAGAGGGCAGUGGAAGGAACACAAAGGAAAUAGAAGGUGAAGAAACUAAUGAUGUGAAAAAUCAAGCAAAUGGUAGCCUCAGAAGGAUUUGGAAUGGGUUGAUGAUGAUUAGACUUGGUAGUGAAAGAUGGAAUUUUGCCGUCAAGUGCUCACUUUCUUUGGGUUUUGCUGUGCUAUUUGGUCUGAUAUUCAACAAACAAAAUGGGUAUUGGUCAGGACUAACCAUUGCCAUCAGUUUUGUAACAGGAAGACAGGCUACUUUUGUAGUUGCAAAUUCUCGUGCACAAGCCACAGCUAUGGGAUCAGUUUAUGGAAUUCUAGGUUCCUUCAUUUUCCAAAGAUUUGAGGACCUCAGGGUCAUACUUCUUCUCCCUUGGAUCAUUUUCACCAGUUUUCUAAGGCACAGCAGAAUGUAUGGCCAAGCUGGUGGAACUUCAGCUGUCAUAGGGGCUCUAUUAAUCUUGGGUAGGAAAAAUUAUAGCAAUCCAAACGAGUUUGCAAUUGCAAGAAUUACAGAGGCUUGUAUCGGAUUGAUUUGUUUUGUAGUGGUAGAGAUUCUAUUCCAACCAGCACGAGCAGCAACUCUGGCAAAAACCCAACUUGCUUGGAGUUUAAGGGCACUCCAAGGCUGUAUUGAGGAUAUUGUUCAUUUUACACGCAGAAAGAGCAUGUCCUUGUCAGUUCCUCCAGAUUUAAGAGGAAAGCAGAAGGUGCUGAAAUCCCACAUCAAUCAAAUGGAGAAAUUCAUUGCUGAAGCCACACUGGAGCCUAAUUUUUGGUUCUUGCCUUUUCAAGAAGCCAGUUAUGAAAAAUUCCUGAGAUCUUUAAGAAAGAUACAGGACCUGAUACUAUUUGCAGUCUAUGAUGUAGAAAUUCUCUCAAGAAUAUCAGAGAAGUUAGGACUAAAAUGGGAGGAGCUAGAAGAACACAUUAAUAUUGAUCUAGAUCAUUUUCAAGAAAAAGUUUACUCUUCACUAAGAUGCCUUGAAGAGGUACUUUGUAUCAAGUCCCUUGCAGAUCUUGAAAAUAAGUGGCAGAAGAGAAGCACCGAUCAUGACGUUGAAUCCGGGAAAUUCCAAAAUAAGGGUCUAGAUGAGGAAGCAAUUUUGGAGAUCGUGAGUUCCUUUAUCAAAAACUCGAAGGAAGUAGUUGGCAAAGUUAAUGCCUCCAAGGGUGAGCAGAAGUUCAAAAAUCAGAUGAAAAUUUGCUUAAGUGGUUUAGGGUUCUGCAUCAGUAAUUUGAUGGGCGAAAUAAUAGAGAUUGAGAAAGAAGUAAAAGAACUAAUCAUAAUGGAGAAUCCUACAAUGCAAAUUAAUUUAAACGAAAUUUUAUUUAAAAUUAAGAAUUUGCAUACAAAAUAGAAUAGUUCAAUAGUCUUUUGGUGUGGGUUUGUAAAUGAAUAGAAUGCAAGUUAUAUAUUUGCAAGAAAUUAUAGCAAUUCAAAGUUUCUUA